UUACCGUGGUCACCCAUCCGUUUCCUGCCUCAGCAGCAGAGUGGUGUCGAGAGACAGGGAAGACCGAACAACACAAUAACCUCAACCAACUCCACUAUACAAUGAAACUGCCACCAAUAGUAUCCUCUCUCGAGGUCGGCUUCUUCACGAUACUGCUGGUGACUGGUCUCUCCACUCCAGGCCAGGCUGAGAUUACCAGUCUAGACACAGGAAACAUUGAAGACAUCCUCAACAAUGCUGGAGUGGCGUUGGUUAAUUUCUAUGCAGACUGGUGUAGAUUCAGCCAGAUGCUCCAGCCUAUCUUUGAGGAGGCAUCGAACAUCGCGAGGGAGGAGUUUCCUGAUGUCACUCAGGUGGUGUUUGCGCGAGUCGACUGCGAUCAGCACUGUGAGUGACACGCACGUACGCGC